GUUUGCUAAGAUGUCGACCAAGGUCUUCUCCCUCCUCCUCCUCUUCGUGGCACUGGCCGUGGGGAACACCUCGCUGUUCCCCCGCGCAGCGGCGGACGGCACGAACAAGGCGGUGGAAGGCAUGGUCUACUGCCAGAAAUGCAAGUACGUCGGUAGCUGGAACCUGGACGGCGCCAGGCCCCUACCGUCGGCCAAGGUGAGCAUCAUCUGCAAGGACCACAAGCACAGAGUCAUCUUCUACGACAGUGCGGAGACGGACAGGAAUGGAUACUUCUACAAGCUGCUCGACGGAGCCCACCUGAGGAGUGCCACCUUCGAUCCGGUCACGGCAUGCACCGCCCGCCUCCUCGCCUCCCCGGAUGCCAGCUGCAACCGCCUCACCAACGUCAACUACGGGAUCCAGGGAGCGAAGCUUCGGGACGAGAGCAAGACGAAUUCCGGUGAGCACUGUGAGACCGAACUGUAUGCCGCCGGGCCGCUGGCUUUCAAGCCCGUCCACUGCCACCCCAGGACCCACUACUGAUGAUCCGCUUGUGUUGUGAUAUCUGUGUUUGUCUUCCUGUUGUUUUGUAAGCUUACGUUUGUGAUGGUUUCCGAGUUGUCCGAGGUUUCGAAAGAUUGCCAUGGAUGGAGACUAGAGAGUUGUUGCACAUCCAUUGAAUAUUUGUAUACAUAAUUGCUAUUCGCAAGUGAAUGACUCGUCACAAAAUGAUUCGCGAGUUGCUACAA